UUUCAAUAUGGAGGAAGGCAGAACGUGUUUUUAAUCUGUGCUGAGUGGUCUGAAGCUUUGAGUUUCACACACCAGUAGAUUGGAUCUGUAAGAAAAACACCAUGGAAGACUUGGUGGCAUCUUUGGCUGGGAGUUUCAGUGUAACAUCAGAACCUAACAGCACAGCGGCACCACACCCUAGGUUCAGCCAAUACAAAGUCAAAGGCAAUGUUCUUGAUCAAGCAGAGAGAAGGAAACGAAUGUUAGAUGCCCAGAAAAAACAAAGGUUUGAUUACUUGAGUUACCUGCGCAAUGUGGCUGAAGAUGAUUGGACUGAGGAUGAUAAUGAAAUGUAUGGGGAAGAGGAGGUGGCUGAUCAAGGAUUUGAAGAAAUGGACUGUGAGGUGGUCUUUAAGAAACCAGGAAGAAGAUAUAAAAAUCAGUUGAUGCUCUCUGAGUGGAUGGUAGAGGUACCGGAAGACUUUGAGAAAGAAUGGAUACUUGUCAACUGCCCUGUUGGCAAACGCUCUCUGGUGGUGGCAUCCAUGGGCAACACCAGAGCAUACACAAGGAGUGGCUACUGUGCGAUGUCAGGUUUCCCAUCCACACUCCCAGGGGGAAAUAGAAAGCAGCUGGGAAGAAAUGAAAAUAAAUACACAGUUCUAGACUGCAUUUACAGUGAGGUACAGAAGACCUUUUAUAUCCUUGAUAUCAUGUGUUGGGCAGGUUACCCAGUCAUGGAAUCUGAGACAGAAUUUCGAUUCUUUUGGCUCAAUGAGAAAGUGAAGGAAAAUCCUGAAGUCACACAGAUAUCAAAGCUCAACUCGUAUUGCUUUCUACCCUUGCCUUAUCAUUCUUGUGACAAGGAAACUAUUUCCAGAGUGAUCUCCUCGAACUUAACCUUUGAACUGGAUGGCCUGCUGUUUUACCACAAGAGGACGAGUUAUACAUUUGGUACCACUCCUCUCUGUUUGUGGCUCAAAGGAUACAUGCUUCCUGAAAUUCUUGGGAUUCAAGUGCCAGCUUUUUAUAUGCAAACUAAGCCCAGCAGCUAUUCAACAUUUAGUGACCACAUUUUAAAAGUCAAAGCAGAUAAAGAUCGACAUGAGAAAGACAAAGAAAAGGCUCUUUUAAGUAAUACAGGUCAUUUAGAAGGUGAUAACAAAAAGAAAAAGAGCCAGAGAGCAAAGCAAAAACAUCAGGAGAUGGAAAUAGAGAAUGUAGGCAAUAUGGAAGGCGAGAGAGGACAGGGUGACAACACUGGAAUAGACCUGGUAAAGAAAGAUGGAAUUGAAGUUGACCAUACUUAAAAUUUGGCACAUUCAGUUUCUCCUCU